CAAAAUAACUGUCACAAAAGAAUCCACAUACAAAUUCUUUUCAUACUAAUUUUUUUUUUCUCUUAAUUUUCUUGUUUCUUGCCUUAUGUUCUGCCAUUUCUAAAGAUUGAAGCUUUAUUUGAAACAUUCUUGUAUUUCACACAAAUUAUCGGCUAAAAGGGUUUUUGGAUUUUAGGUUCCAAGAUUUUCUCUAAGUUUGGUUUCUGCUGUUUUGAGGUGAAGUAUCAGCAGUACUUAAAUGGGUUGGAAAGAUAAGAUUAAGACUGUGUUUCAGGGAAAUACAAAUGAGAUCGAGCUCGGAUGUGGACAUACUAUUAAGUCUCAUGGGUCAUCAGUUGCAAGAUUUCACAUGCAUGACUGGCUAAUAUUGCUGCUGCUUGUCGUAAUAGAGAUAGUCCUUUAUAUCAUUGGUCCAUUUUACCGGUUUGUUGGGAAGGAUAUGUUGGAUGAUCUGAAAUAUCCCAUGAAAGAAAAUACGGUCCCCGUGUGGUCUGUUCCUCUAUAUGCAGUUUUAUUGCCUAUUAUCAUCUUUGUUUUCAUCUAUCUUCGAAGAAGGGACGUCUAUGAUCUGCACCACAGCAUUCUAGGUCUCUUAUUUGCCAUACUAAUUACGGCUGUAAUCACGGAUGCCAUCAAGAACGCAGUAGGCCGUCCCCGACCAGACUUCUUUUGGCGCUGCUUUCCUGAUGGUAAAGAUGUGUAUGAUAAGUGGGGAGACGUGAUAUGCCAUGGUAAAGACAGUGAUAUUAAGGAAGGACAUAAGAGCUUUCCGAGUGGGCAUACCUCAUGGUCAUUUGCUGGUCUCGGGUUUCUAUCGUUGUAUUUGGCUGGGAAGAUCAAAGCGUUUGAUCGUCGAGGGCAUGUGGCAAAACUAUGCAUAGUUUUUCUUCCUCUCUUAAUGGCAUCUCUUGUCGGCAUUUCACGUGUGGAUGAUUACUGGCAUCAUUGGCAAGACGUGUUCACCGGAGGAAUGAUAGGCCUUUUCGUUGCAACAUUCUGUUACCUGCAGUUCUUCCCAGCUCCAUACCAUACUGAAGGAUGGGGACCAUAUGCAUAUUUCCGGGCAGUGGAGGAAUUCCGCAGUAGUAGACAACAUGUCCACCCUACUAAUGGAGGAUUAGAGUCAGAACAUCCCGAGGUACAAUUGAAUCAGCGGUCUGGUACAACUACCAAUCCUUUUGAGGAUGUGGAGUUUGGCAGAAUGUGAGACAUAGACACUGUACUCAUAUGCUUAUCUUUGUUCAACUAGCUCAGUUUGUUAUUUUCUUGUGAAUAUUUAGACUGCUUUUGUUAUAUGUUCUUAAAUAUUUUAGCUUUAGGGACCUGAAAUUGGUUAAUCAGGGUUAAGUUUUUUUUUUUUUUUUUUUUUUUUUUUUUUUUGUGUGUAAAUUGUUGCAUAAUUAGUUAAAGUGGUUGAUAAUCUUCUCAUUUA